AUGGAAAUGAAUAUUACGCAGGAGUCUCAAAGUGGCGCACCAACCUACUUAAUUAGUGAUUAUAUCGAAAUCGCUUAUUUGGGAAUUGUAAUUGUAUUUGGAAUACCUGGCAAUUUUCUCGUUCUUCGAAAAUUACUAAUUGAGCAAAAGCUUGCCAACAAGGAUCUUGUUAAAAGUGGAUUCGUCAUGCUAAAAAUCAAUCUGAAUAUUACGGACCUGUUUAUUUUACUAUACGCCCUAGGCAAGUUUGUAUGGCUUAUCACAUACCAAUGGAUUGGUGGCGAUUUUCUGUGCCGAGUUUAUCAGAUGUUUUCAAUGUUUUCGUUAUACAGUUCUUCAAAUAUUGUGGUUUGCAUCGCUCUUGAUCGACUACGAAAUGUUAUGUCUGCUAAGAAAAUUCACAUAAAGUCAAAAAAGAUCAAUACGGUCACGGUAAUGGCAAUUUGCUCUUGGACAUUUUCUUUUAUAUGCAGUCUACCACAAUUUUUCCUUUUUCAAACGAUUGUAGUCGCCGAAUAUGAUAAUUUUGUUCAAUGUACUGAUAUUUGGCAAAUCAGCAGAUUCAAUAAAAAUGAGGUGGCGUUUGCUGAGGGUUCAAUAAUUCUUUCGCCAUUUUUUGAGAAUUCGUAUAAUGUCGUGCAUUUGGUUAUGGUAUUUUGGGGCCCAUUAAUGGUUCUUAUAAUUACGUAUGCUGUUAUUGCCACAAAGCUGACAAAAUACUCAUUGCGAACUCCAAAUUCAGUAAGAAGACCGUUGGGACAAACCAUUGAGCUCUCAGUGAGAGGUAAUAUUGCCUAUACAUUUGUUGCAACCUCCUGCAUGCAAGACGAACCUAGCACGCUGGACAUUCGAUUUCAGAAAAAAGACUAUGGAAAUUCGAUUUUGUCGCCGAGAAUGCCUACGUGGCGCAAGCAAUUACGAAGCAAGGUGUUCCGAACUACAAUUCUCGUCAUCCUAAUUCAUUUUCUCUUCUGGUUCCCUUAUAAUGCGUUGGGACUUAUGAAAUACGUCAAUCAGCCGUUUUUCGAACAACUCAGUGCAAAUGCGAAUAUCUUCAAAGAUUUGCAAAUACUUAUAACACUUAUCAAUCCAUUUAUGUACGGAUUCAAAACUGGAAAAUAA